UAUAUGCCAUUUCAGCUGAGAGAGAAAGGAAGAAAUUAGUAAUUAGGAGCCUUGCAAGGCAGGUGCUUGGGGUUGUUAAGUACCUUUUGCAAUCUUAGAGUGCCAGUGUGAAGCCAAGAGCAGCAGCAGCCAGAAAGCUGAAGGUAGGCUCUGCACAAACAGUGCCAAACGUGUCAGUGGUGCUACUGCAAUGUUUAAAGCAGGAACACAGCAUCAAUUAUCAUGAUUAUUUAAAAAGAAGGGAAAAAAGGAGGGGGGCGGGCAGGGGAAAGGGAGAGCCUGGCUCCUCGCAGCUCCAUCCUCGUGGUGCUCUUCCCCAGGCUCUGCAUUGACGUCACAAUGACACGGUGAAGCUGAAGGCAGGAGCUGGGAGCAGUUCUUCUGCUUCACUUUUGGUGACUGAGUGAGUUUGCCAGCACUGUGUUCCUUCCAGCAUGGCCAAGAGCGCAGAGGUGAAGUUGGCGAUCUUCGGUCGAGCUGGCGUGGGCAAGUCAGACUCCACACAUAAGCAUGUCAGUGUGUUAAAUGAUUCAUUUACAUCACUAGAAAUUCAAAGCACUGCUUAGCAGAGGGACACCAUUCAGAAGGAAGGACACGUGCGAUGGGGCGAGGGCUUCGUGCUGGUUUACGACAUCACGGACAGAGGCAGCUUGAGGAAAUGCCGCUUAUGAGCCAGGCAGGUCAGCACGGGAGGUGAAAAGCUGGCCACGGAACUUGCUUGUGCUUUUUACGAGUGCUCUGCUUGCACAGGAGAGGGGAACAUCAUGGAGUUCUGACUCUGCCGGGAGGCGGCGCGCAAGAUGGUCCAGGGCAAGACUCGCAGGAGAAGCUCCACCACCCACGUCAAGCAGGCCAUUAAUAAGAUGCUCACCAAAAUCAGCAGCUAAAAAGGAGCUGUCCUGAGGCAGAGGAGCAUUUAGAGAGUAUUAGCUUGGAGUAGGGAUGGGGCAAGCAGAGGAGUUUAGUGAGAAAUGGUCAAAUCUUUGCUAUGAGGAAAUAAAAAAGCACCAAAAAGACAAAGGCCACCACUUUUUUGAGUAACACAUACUAUUUUCCUGUUUUGAAAUGUAUUUAGCCACCUGCUUCUGACUAAUGUGGGGGAAAAUAAAAACACCAAGGAAAC